UUACGCUCGGCCCCAAUGGUAAGUGUGAAACAGUGCUUCGAAGAGUGAAGAAUAAAAAAUCGGGAUUGUAGUUUCAACUGCAUUUUUCCUUUUUCCUGUCGGGAGACAUUUGACCGAUACAAUUUACACUAUUAUCGUAAAACAGUUUAGUGAAUCGGGCUAGAGCCGAGACUUCGGUAAUAAGCAACACUUUGUCAAGCAAACAACAGCGGUCUUUCAAUUUGGUAUUCGCAAACGAGCUCGCGGCCGCGAAAAGUGUGAGUUUGCAAGAAUUUUAUUCAUCGCAGAAAGUGUGAAAAAGGCGAAGGCGGCGUAGUCCCGGUCCGUCGGUAUCAUCAAAGGAAGCAAAGGCGAACGAGAAGCCCCCCAAUUCGUGACAGCAGCAGCAGAACCUCCCGCUUCAAUUCCUUCCAGUUACCGAUACAGCCUAAACCAUCAACUGUCCGAUCGUAGGAAAUGGUAAUGGAAGCACAACCUUCACCGCAAAGUGUUGGCCGCGAGUUCGUGCGCCAAUAUUACACCCUGCUGAACAAGGCUCCUGAUCACCUCUACCGUUUCUACAAUAACUCGUCAAGCUUUGUUCAUGGUGGGCUUGAUUCGAAGAAUCAAGAGGCAACGCUGGUAAUCGGUCAGAAGCAGAUCCAUAACAAGAUUCAACAACUGAACUUCCGGGAUUGCCAUGCUAAAAUCAGCCAGGUGGACUCGCAAGCCACUCUUGGGAACGGUGUUGUGGUGCAGGUGACCGGUGAACUGUCCAACGAUGGCCAACCUAUGCGUCGUUUCACUCAGACUUUCGUCUUGGCCGCUCAGUCUCCCAAAAAGUACUACGUUCAUAAUGACAUUUUCCGCUAUCAGGAUGUUUACUCCGACGAUGAAAUCGAUGAGAAUGAGCGCUCUGGCGGUGAGGACGAAGGGGAUGUGGACAAUAACCUUGUGGUUGAUAACCAAAACAUCCCUGCCAACGUUGCUCCGGUUGUCGUUGCACCAACUAUUGGUCUUCAGCAACAGCCGCAACAACAGCAGCAGCAGCAGCCACCACAGCAACAACAACAGCAGCCGCAGCCGCAGCCGCAACCUCAGCAACAGCUGUAUUAUCCACCAGGAGUGAUGAGUGCUGCCCCUGCCGGUAUAAUUCCUAGUUAUGGGCAACAACAGCAGGCUCAGCAACCGCAGCAGCAGCAACAGCAACAACAACCGCAGCAACUUAAUGGCGUUCAUGACGAUUUACUGAAGACUGUUCCUACACAAACACCCACACAACUCAUACAACCAGCGGGUAUCCAUCCCUCUGUUGGCGUCGUUCCUUCGCAAACUCCGAUUAUUCAACAGCUCCCAAAUGUUGCAACUGGUAUACCAACGGUUGAACCAAUUCAACAACACCUUGCUCAACAACAACAACAGAUGGUUCAACCUCAACCAACCCAUCAACAACUCCAACCUCAACAAAUUCCCCAACAACUACCCCAACCACCUCUUCAGCAACAGCCAUCGCCCAUCCCCGAACCCGAACCCAUCCCUAGCACUCUCACCAUGAACGAACUGGACGCUUCUCUUCCCUCGAUCAUUGAUCCUACCCCGGCGGAAGCGAGUGAUCUCCACGAUCAUCAUCACCUCUCGCAUGGACCAACCGAUUAUAGCGACCAGCAUCCGUCUCUGCAAUCGUCUCAGCAAUCCCAGCAACAACAAAUUACGAAUGAACCGAAAACCUAUGCCAACCUGGUGAAGUCUGGUGGGUCCGGCGUGGGUGGUCCGGGACCGCUGAGUUUCGCUUCGGUGUCCUCACACCAUCACCAGCAACAACAAUCCCAGCAGCAGCAGCAGCAGCAGCAGCAGCAACAGCAUCAGCAUCAUCAACAAAGCUACAAUAAUGUGACUGCUGGACGUCAAUCGGUCCUCUCUCCACCUCCCUCUUCCACGCUGCAAAGCUCCAGCAGCGGCGCUGCCAGCAGUGGCCCAACCAGCAACAACAACGCCGGUUUGAUGGGCAAUAAGUACGACCGUCAGCAGCAACAGGAUCAAAUUGGGCUCGGUCAGGGAGGUCCUAUGCCGCAGCGGAUGCAGAAUCAACAGAGACCCAUUCGGGGCAAUGGACCACCCACUGGCACUGGCGGCAAUGGGCAAAGCACUCUCCGACAGCAGCAGGAUGGUCGGCCGACUUAUCAGAGAAGUUACAAUGAUGGCGGUGAAGAUCGAAGGCAGAGCAAUGCGGCUCAGUUCGGCGAUAACCAUCAACUGUUCUUAGGAAACAUUCCACACCACGCAACAGAGGAAGAACUGAAGGCGCUGUUCAGCAAAUACGGUGCCGUUGUUGAUUUGCGUAUUCAUUCGAAGCCUGGCCAGAAAAUGCCGGGCGUUCGUGCGCCUCCGUAUUACGGUUUCAUCACGUACGAGGAUCCUGCUUCCGUGCAGAAUUGCCUCGCUGACAUGCCGUUGUAUUUCCCCGAAAACUGUCCGGACGGUCAAAAACUGAACGUGGAGGAGAAGAAAACCAGAACACGUGCCCCGGGGGAAACUGGUGGUCGCAUUGGAGGCAGUAACCUCGGUGGAAACGGAAGCAAUGGACCCCGUGGGGGACCAGGAGGCCCCGGAGGACAACAGCGGGGUCUUGGCGGACCGCAGGGUAACAUGAACCGUGGCGGCUCUGGCCAGCGUGGUCUGGGUGGAGUUGGCGGUGGAAGUGGUCGUGGGGGAUAUCCACGGUCGGAUAGGGGCAGCGUGUCGGGCGGCGGUGGUGGACAACGAUCCGGAAAUGGAAACUACCGCUAAAUUCCGCUGCGCGCACACACAAACACGGAUAUCAUCCCAUCGCUUCGAGAGCAGCGCAUCAUUAACGUAACACAGUAAUUUAAUGGAGAGAGGAGUGAGCAAUACAUACAAUGUGUGAAUAUAAUUUAUAAUAAUUACAAUCUCUUAGAGUUGCAACUGCGAAAAGAUAUCGUAGCAAUUACCAUUCAACUAAACAAAAAAGAAAAGAAGCGAGACACGUGUGUUAGAACAGUGCAAAUUUUGAGAACCGCCACUAAGAACGAAACCAACUCCAGAAAAGGGAACUUUGACACAAUAAUUUCUACCGUGAAGCAAACAAAUAAAAAAAAAAUACACGCUGGUGUGUAAUUUAGUAUACAUAAAAUACGCUAGGACAGAUUCGGGCCUUUUUGGUGACAAUUGGGCGCCCGUUUAGGGAAGACAGUUUUUUUUUAAAUUAGAAGUAAACUGCUUUAAACCGACACUAAACUGAACUACUAAAUGCUACCAUUUACUAUGUGUAAUCGUACUUUUAAUAAAAGUUAGCCACUAGAUUUUCAACACAACAAAACAAGGAACAAUAUUUGUACACCUUCAUUAUUAAUCCAAUCUUAUGCAUGGCGUUAUCUAUACCAUUCGGAUCGACGCAAAUAACUUACUCGUUCCGAUCACAAACGGCAAUCCGUGUUUGGCUGUUCGGUUAGGUUGUGUAGAGCUUGCCUCGUCAGGUGCUGUGUAAAGAUCUCUUGAAACGAAACCCUUAUGAUUUUCCCUCUCAUCUCUACCAAUAUCGAUGUUUUGCGGAGCAAAAAUGACUUUGAACGGGAGGACAACUUAAUUCGAAAAAAAAGUAAUAAAACAGACGAUUGCAGUUAGGAAGAAUAUACUUAGGGUAAGUACGUAGAAAAAAGAAACAAAUUCAACCAAUGCGGAAAAGCAACACAGUCUAGAUAGAACUUUCGUGAAUAAUAAUAAUUAUUAUAAUAAUAUGGGAUUUUUUUAAAGUUAGGAUUCAUUUUAUAAUUUAACGAUGGAUCGCUGAAUCUUAAUAAGCCAGUCGAUACAUUGCAAAAUAAAUGUAAAACUAUAGGAGUUGCGAGUAAAAAUUAAAUAUUUGCAGGUUUUGUUCACCUCAUCAUAAUAGUAAACAAAACGAAAUAAAAACCGCAUGCGCGCAAGAAGUUUUUGAACGUGUGCUGAUGAAACUGGAAAGAGUUAUAACAUUAUUUCAAGGUAAUAAAGAAAUAAUAAUUUCAA